UCUCUCUCUCUCAAAAUGCAUCCCAAUCUCUUCCCAACCAUCACUUUGUUCUUGAUUAUAGUAACCAUAACCUUGAUCCAUUGUCCAACAUCUUUGUGUGCGGAUGAUGAGAAAUACCUCACCUGUGAGGCACCAUUUAACUGUAGCAACCUUGUGAACCUCAGUUAUCCAUUCUGGGCAUCCAAUCGACCAAACUAUUGUGGUCACCCUAGUUUUCAGUUAAACUGCAGCAGCGAAUUUCCGCAGAUCAACAUCACUACCAUGAAUCACAGAGUCCUUGAAAUCAAUAACUCAUCACGGAGUCUCAAGGUUGCUAGGACGGAUUACUUAGAUACGAUUUGCCCUGCUGCGUUCGUUAAUACCACCAUUGAUAACAACUUAUUUUCCUAUAUUGCUUCAAGUGAUACGAACCUGACACUCUAUUAUAAUUGCCGUACGCCUCUAGCUACUAUUCCAACUUUUGUCUUUUAUCAGUUUAAUUGCUCCAUAAGCAGCAGUACCGAGUUCAUCAAUUACUAUACCCUGAGCUCUCAGACUUUUUUGGCAAUUAGCAACUAUAUCGGAGCAUGCGACUACUGGGUCAAUGUUCCAAUUUUGCAAUCAGAAGUUCCAACUACUGCAACUUAUGAUGCAGUAAUUGCAGCUAUUGAUAGCGGUUUCAUGUUAGAGUGGGAUGCAAAUAAUUCCCAAUGUGAUACAUGCCUCGAGGCUGGAGGGCUGUGUGGUUCCGACCCAACCACGAGUACAUUCGCUUGCCAUUGUACAAAUGGGACUUUUGCAUCCGGUUGUAGCACUGUAUCAACAAGAUCAUCUUCCAAGCUGAAGCGUGAAAUUGUCAUAGGCAUUACGGCUGCUGUGCUUGGGACUAUAGUAGUCUUUAUCAUAAUAUGCUGCCUUAGAAGAGAACAAUUGAGUAAGGCAUUGAUCUUUAGGAGGACAGCAAGGAAAAACGAUGAAAAUGUCAAGACAUUUAUAUUGAAUUAUGGUUCACUUGCUCCCAAGCACUAUAGUUAUGCAGAGAUCAAGAAGAUGACCAACUCAUUCAUAAACAAACUAGGCCAAGGAGGAUAUAGCAGUGUAUACAAAGGAAAGCUGCCAGAUGGUAAGCUCGUGGCAGUAAAAGUUCUAAGUGAAUCCAAAGGCAAUGGAGAAGAUUUUAUUAAUGAAGUUGCUAGCAUUUGUAGGACUUCUCAUGUUAAUAUAGUCACUCUUUUAGGUUUCAGUUAUGAAAAGAACAAGCGAGCUCUAAUAUAUGAAUUUAUGCCCAAUGGAUCUCUAGAUAAAUUCAUAUAUCAUCGAGAAUCUUCAGCAACAAAUUGUCGCUUGGAAUGGAAAACAUUGUACAAAAUUGCAGUUGACAUUGCUCGUGGACUAGAGUAUUUACAUCGAGGUUGUAGCACAAGGAUUUUGCAUUUUGACAUAAAGCCUCAAAAUAUUCUUUUAGAUGAAGAUUUCAACCCAAAAAUCUCUGAUUUUGGCCUUGCUAAACUAUGCCAAAGAAAAGAUAGCAUUGUAUCAAUGAAUGGCAUGAGAGGAACAGUAGGGUACAUUGCACCAGAAGUAUUUAGUCGAAGCUUUGGAGGAGUCUCUCACAAGUCUGAUGUUUAUAGUUAUGGAAUGCUGAUUCUUGAAAUGGUUGGAGGAAGAAAGAAUUUUGAUGCUGGAGUGUCUAACAGUAGUGAAAAAUAUUUUCCAGAUUGGAUUUAUAAGGAUCUUGAACUAGAUUUGGAUGGAAGAACUCGUGGGGUCAUCACAGAGGAAAAAGAGACAUCAAGUAAGAUGAUCCUGGUGAGUUUAUGGUGCAUUCAGACAAAUCCAACUGAUCGACCAUCCAUGAAUAAGGUGGUAGAGAUGUUAGAAGGAACUCUUCAUUCCUUACAAAUACCCCCAAAGCCUUUCUUGUGUUCGCCUAAAGUGUCACCAAUGGAGUCUUCAACAACUUCAUGAGCCAAAAUUAAUUCAAAAGAAAAGGUUAGGAUCCAGUCUUGGGUGGGAAAAAGAGAAACAUUUUUUAUCAGUCAUUUCAUAUA